AUCAACAGUCGCUUCAUCGAUCGCCAACCUCCAUGGAGUUAAUGGAGUCGCCACAAGAGUCAGCGUAUGUGUUUGGAUAACUUUGUCGGCGGUCACUGACAGCCAAAGUGAGUGAGCAGGAUGCAGAGCAGUGCCGUUGGGGAUGUCCUGCACUGUGAGGAGCAGCUGAGAUCCACACUCUACUGCGAUGACAAGGACGAUCUUCGGAGGAAGUUGGCCCAGCUCCGGCGGGAGUAUCUCAAGACAGCCCAGAAACUGCAGCGUGCUGAGCGACAGGAAGCGGUGCGGAAACACGUGAGGAACGACGUCACUCCAAAGCAGGACCAGACAGAGCCAGAGGGGACACCUAAGCCUACAUAUGGAGGUCCCGCUGACUCCAGCAGCUUGGUCAGGACUCUGCUUCCGUCCACGCCGGAACCGGACCUGGUCCGCCACAACCCGCCCUGCGUUUCCAGAGCGAGUCCGGCCUUGCGCCUGCGUUCCCGCCGCAGCCGCAUGCGCUGGCAGAGUCACAGUGAGGAAGGAGGAAAGGUCCAAGGCGAUGCGAGGUUUGCAGAUGAAAGCCAAAGUUCGGGAUCGGUAUCGCCCUCUCUGCUGCUCUCGCACUGGAAUGUUCCGGCCCUCGAGGAUGAGAAACAAGAAGGGAAAAAGGAAGCAGAGGUGCCAGACGGAAACAGAACUGAGAAUCACACUGUGGGAGGAGAUGGCGGACACGUCACACUUGAUGAAAAGAGUCAUGAAAAUUUGGAAAAACAGGCUAGCUACUUCAAACCUAGUUUUUGCAGCGUCGAAACAAUAGCAGGAGGGGAAGGAGAUGGGAAGAGACUGUUGGAGUCCUGCACCCUGGUGGAGGGACUACUUUUCCCUGCGGAGUACUACAUCCGCACUACCAGGAGCAUGGCUCUCUCACAGAGCCAGCCGGACCUGCGGGCUGUCAUCCAUACCCAGCUGAACUCGGGGCGACCUCGGCAGAAAAAAGCCAACCCGGUCGCCUCCAGUAAGCGUUCCAGUCCGAUGUCCAUCAGUAAGACCCCCAUCGAAGCCGUUUCGCCCCCUAGAGUCACUUGUCUGAGGAAGGGUCGGAAGAGCCAGAGGGGUCGAGGCAGGGGGAAGCCUCGGGUCCAGAGACCCUCGCCUUCUCCUGGCCCGUCGUCUCUCCAUGAGACAAAUUCUCCAAAAUCCCACUCAUCUCUGGAAGAGGUUGAGCCGCCAUCCGGCGAUCCCAAGGCCACGUCCCCUGACACGCAACCUUCUUCCGGAGCCCAGAAGGUCUUACCAAUCCUUUACAAGAUGGUCAAGUCCACUCCUGUGGCCUCAGGUUCUGAAAAGUGGCGUUCCCUCCUCCUGCCAUCUUCUAAGCCCACCCCCACUCCAUUACUUCCUCCCCUCUCGCAGCUGGCUGGCGACCUGUUGCACCUGGACCUCCAUCAGGACUUCCACUUGCCCGACGACCAGUUCGCCUCCCUGAAGCUCAGCAAACUUCGCCAAGUGGCUGUGGAGUCCAGAGCGGAACCUUUUGCGUCGCUGUGCCACAACACGGGUGGUGUCCUGCGGCAUCCUGGAACUCCAGUGACUACUCUCAGUGUGCCGCUCAGCCUCACACCCAUGGCUGGCAAAUCAUCCAGCCAAUCAAAAGACGAUGACUCCUGGAACAUGCAACUCACUGGAACCUCACAUUUGGACCCUCCCAGCAUAUGUCAGAGCCCAGAGGAACAAGAACUGAAGUGUGGGGACCGCGAUCGGGAGGUUCUUCCCUGCCGUGAUCACCCCCGAGAGGAAGGCCAGGAGGAGAACAGGCUUAAAGACUUUUUUCCCAAAACGGUCAGAAAUGAGCACAGCGUCAACUCUCAGCUGCGACUGAGCCCCCCAGUGGCCUCUGCCCCACUGCACCCGCCCUCAUCUACCUUCCCCUCCAGUCCAGUGCUGCCCUCCCUGGGGUUCACCCCCCUUGCUUCAUUGCCAACUGCCACUGUCGUCCCCUUGCUUAGCCCCUCCACCCGGACCCAGUCCCCCCAACACCUCGCCACUCUCGACACAGCUGCCCCGGCACCUGACGUCCAAAUGCUGACAGCGGUGGAGGAGCACAGAAGCUGCACACUGAAAGCCCCGGCAGGAGGUGUUCUGGUGGACGCAUGCUGCCUGUUGGACUCGGGCAGCCACUUGUGCAUUGCUGCGGCGGGAAAGUGGGCGGUGUGUUUGUGGAGUCGUGCGUCGUCAUUAAGCGAUUGGACCCUACGACACACGUGGCCCUUCACUGAACCGGUGAUCAACAUAUUUUCCAUCCCGGAUGCCGCCGGCCUCAUGUGUGUGACUCUGGGUCAGCUUGAGAUCAUAGAAGUGAGGGUGCUGUCGUGCUGUGGCAGCAAGCCUGGGCUACUGCUUGAUGGUGGUGUCCAGGCGGCUGUGGGCGUCGCACAGUCCAGGGUGGUCACCUCCUCGUACUCUGCGUCUGGCUGCACGCUACAGGUGUUCACACUCUCAAACGAUGGCAGCACUUCCCGCUGUGUCCCUCUUGGCUCGCCCGGUGUUUGCGUUGGAGCGCUGGCUCAAGUGGAUGCACUCCCCGACGCUCUGAUCGGCACAGAUGAGGGAGGACGACUCUUUGUUUGGAAUUUAAAGAGCGGACACUUGCUGCAGAAAAUACAGCUCAGUGACAGUUUGUCAAACACGUCCUGUUUAAGAGGAUUCUCCUGCAGUGGUGUGUUGUUAGUCCUCCUGCAGCACUUGUCUCUGGGCUGCCACCAGGACGAGAAAAACAAGAGCAAGGAUGAAACGUUCUUCAAUCAAGAAGAAAAGGAGAAGAAGUCGGUGCUCUUCUCCUUGGUUGCGUUGAAUCCUCUCACUGGUAAAAGCGUCCUGGCAGCGCGUCUGGACCCGCCCACGUCCUGGUCGGGAAGGCUGUGCGAGGCUGACGCCAGCAGCGCUGCGGUGGCGGGCCUGAGUCAGAGCGGCUGCGUGUGCAUGUGGCAGCUGAGGCGGCGGUCAUGUGACGGCGUCAUGGUGGCGGUGGCUGCGGCCCGUGACUGUGAGGGCUGGCAGCUGGCUCGCUGGGCAGAGGGUGGCGCCACACUGGUGAUGGGGCACCAGAAUGGUGACAUCACCUUGCACUUUGACCUUGCUACUCAGGACGAUUUUAUGGGAUUUUAGUCACACUCGCUUGAAGGUUUUUAAAGCGCUAGUUUCACACUUGCACUGUAUUGGACUUUAAAGUUGACUGCUGUACACUUUUAUUGCCAUGCCUCUGACUUCAAUGCUUGGGUUUGGUUAAAAAAAAAAAAAAAUUGUAAU